AUCCCUGCUGAGGAGCGGAGUGCUGGCCUGGAGAGGGAAGUGGCGGCGAGAAGGCUCCUGGGAGUCGGCCUCAACCAGAGCGGCCGAGGCCCCGGCUUCCGGAGGCGACCAGGCCGAAGCGAGGCCUUCCCUGAGCGGCCCCCGCCCCCGCCGGCGGGCUGAAUGGGGCUUGCGCGGGGCUCGGCUGCGGGAGGGAGCGAGCUGCGCCUCCGCUUUGCCCGUCCCGUGAGCUCCGGAGCGCGCGCCUCUCUCGCUCCGCUCCGCUAAGGAAGCCGCCCUCGGUGGGUGCUGCAGGGCCGCGCUUGUGCGGCGGGGAGAGGGUGCAGCGGUCCCUCCUCGGGAGCAAAGGAAAGUAGGGCGCGAAGGUGCCCAUGUUUCCCAUUCGGGACGAAGCCGGAUAAAAGGCCUUUCCUUCCUCCUCCUCCUCCUCCAUACAGAGCUGCCUGUGGCUUAAGCAGCUGUCGCCUCCGUUUGGGCGAUCCGUGGAAGGCGGCGAUGGAAUCGACCGCGAAUCCGUGCUAAGGAAAAGAAAGGGGGUUUUCCGGGCCACCAACAACGCCUUAACCCCUCGCCCCUCAAGCGAAGACUCUUGGACCUUGGACCCUGACUCGUGGGGCAGGGCUUGUGGGUAUAAAGAUGAACAGAUACCUCCCAGUAGCUCGGCAACACUUCUUGGCUGCUCUGGCCAGCACCAGUGUCGUGGUGAAGUCCAUAUGUGCCAUCGUCAUCUUGCUCUACUUUCUCUCCUUUGCUGUGGACACUGUGUAUGGGCUCGGGGUGACGCCUGGGUUUCUCUUCCCGCCCAACUUUUGGAUUUGGACAUUAGCAACCCACAGUGUGGUGGAAGAACACAUCUGGGAUGUAGGUGUGAGCCUGGCUACUAUAGUGGUGGCAGGGAGGCUGCUGGAGCCACUAUGGGGAGCCCUGGAGCUCUUGAUCUUCUUUGCAGUGGUGAAUGUAUCAGUGGGGCUUCUGGGGGCCUUUGCUUAUCUUCUCACCUAUAUGGCAUCAUUCAAUCUUUCUUACCUGUUUACCAUUCGCAUCUAUGGCAUGUUGGGCUUCCUUGGUGGUGUCUUGGUGGCUCUCAAACAGACCAUGGGUGACAGUACUGUCUUGAAGGUACCUCAGGUACGGAUGAAGGUUGUUCCCAUGCUUUUGCUCCUGAUCCUGGCGGUUCUGAGAUUGACCACCCUCAUCGAAAGCAAUGUCUUGGCCUCUUAUGGUUUUGGAGUCCUCUCCAGUUGGAUAUAUCUCCGUUUUUACCAAAGGCACAGCCGAGGACGUGGUGAUAUGUCAGACCACUUUGCAUUUGCCACAUUUUUCCCUGAGAUCCUACAACCAGUAGUUGGCUUCCUAGCCAACCUUGUGCACAGCAUCUUGGUCAAAGUGAAAGUCUGUCGAAAAACAGUGAAACGUUAUGAUGUUGGUGCCCCUUCAUCUAUUACUAUCAGCCUACCAGGAACAGAUCCUCAGGAUGCUGAACGGAGAAGACAACUGGCCCUGAAGGCACUGAAUGAGCGGUUGAAGCAUGUAGAAGAUCAGUCAUCAUGGCCCAGCAUGGAGGAUGAAGAAGAAGAAGAAGAAAACAUCAAGGCUGAUACUCCAUUGCUCCCCGAGAAGAGCCGGGACUCUGUCACUGCAGGGAAAGCAGGCAGCCAGGAGUCCAGCCUCAUUACCUUUGAGGAUGCUCCCUCUCAGUUGUGACCAUGAGGCACCUGCCCUCCUCUUCUACGUGUCCCUGUGUGCCAGAGCUGCUAAUGAUCCUUCACAUGCCCUUCCUCACAGUGCUGCCUGUUCUGCAGGAAGCAAAACACUGUGCCUGCUGGCCCUGAGGGAGACCACAUGUCCCUUCCAACAUUUAUCCGCCACACUUGGCUGAUGCCAAGUCCCAGGACUCAUGGUGAAAACUGUUUGCACAGAUCUGGGAUUUGGGUUGUUGUCAUCAGAGGGAUGCCUGGAAUUGAGAAUUUCUCAGAAUUGGCAGGCCAGAGGGAGAGCUGCAUCUCUUCAGCCCAAUAAGGAGCGUUCAUCUGAAUAAAGCAACCUGCAAAAUCUCCAACAAGUAGCUGCCAUUGUGGCUAUUAUCACAUGUAUGUGUGUGCGUGUUUAGCUCCUUCUGGCUGGCAGUUCCAGUCAACCUGUGGGGGGGCCCUGGCUUGCCCAGCCUGGCUCCUGUUUUUGAGCUGUAACUGCUAGGCCACUGUAUAAGCCCACCAGGGCAUCCCAGAGCAAGCUCAGCAAGCAACACAGCACUUUCCCUCUUGAUUUUAUUUUACCUUGGCAGCAUUGGUUGUCAAAACAAUUCUGCAACCCCCCCUUUUCCUUUCAGAGUUGGCUUUGUUGUUGAUUAAACGAGCAAGCACUUUAAACAAAUGCUUUGCUGUAUUAACCCUCCCUCCUUACAGAUUUGGUAGCCCUGGGGAGCUCUGCCAAAACAAGUUGCUGGGUUAGGCAUUCGCAGAACCAGCAGCUUAAAGCCUUUUUAAUAACAGCAUAGCCACUCGGUCCACCUCUUGAAUUCUUGACAGUGAUGGCUUUAGGGAUAAAGAGCAGGUUGCUACUAGUAUGUGGACUACCUUGUGGAAAAGCAUUAUCUCAGAUUUUCCACAGGACUCGUAGGGAAUUAAUUUCAUUUCUGUUCUUUAGCCUUUGGUGGUUCUUCAUUUUCCUUUUGCGGUGAUUCAAAUGACAAAGCUGCUUUGUCUUAGGUGGGGUGCCCAUACAUUCACAGGGUGUUGAAAUGAACUCCUUGCUACAGUAGAAUAUAUCUUGCUGGUUCUGUAUUAUUUUUAAAGGUGCUUUUUGUGGGACCCUUAACAUUUCUUCUGAUGCCUGCUUUUUCUCUUUGGUUAGAUCUUUAUUAGCCUCUUCCUCUCCUCUGGGAUGAGAUGCUUUUUCUUCCCUUUCUUUUUUUGUGGGUUGGCAAGGCCUAAGAUGUUUUGCCUUGACACCCAACCCCAAAGUAUCCCAAAGGGUACAACUCACCCAGCUGGAGGACUGGGUGAGGGGACACUUAGCAGAACAGGAAGAGAGUGUGAGACAAUGUUGUGAUAAUUUUUUUAAAGGACCACAUGAGGUUUUGUCAACCAGGUAAUGAAACACAAUUUCAGUAUCAAUAAACAGUUCUUUUGAAGAAUGUUUCUUGAUUGGCUUUGUAAAAUAUGACCAUGUAAGCCUCCUAGUUGGAGUCCCAAGCUUCCAAAUGUUGGGGUCUUGUCUUCUUUUGUGGGCUCACUCAAGACAGCUUUACAGCUGAAGAACACAGACACAAGGCUGAAAAGGCUUUCAAGCAAUUUAGGGAAGAGAUUAGCUUUACUGGCAUAAAAGACUGAAGGACAGUCACUUCACUUCUGAAGGCUUGACUUUUGACAUCUUUUCAGGUAACUUCUAAGUCUUCUUAUAUUUCUAUCCUGCUUUUAUCUAGGGUGUUGUUGUUUUCCUCGCCCCUUUUCACCCCUGCAGCAUCCGUGUAAGGUACCACUAUGCAGUAAUGGGUGGCCCAGGUUUGCCCAGGGAGCUUCAAGUGACAGACUGGGGAUUUCAGGCCUGAUGUCUGCAAAACUCUUUUAACUGAGUACUUACACCUGCUCAGAAGGCACCUGUACUAAGAGCUGCUUCACACAAUAUGAAUUUCCUUUACCAAAAGGAAAUCUCACCUGGCAAGUUGCUGUGAAAGGCAGUUGUAUACUUUUUUCGUGUGUUGCUUUGGUAGAUUAAUAAAAAGACGAAAAAUAUAAUUUUAUCGCCACACAUUUGGAAUACAGGCAGCAACCAUUUUAGGCACAUCCAAUAUGUGCGCGACCGUGCCAAACCCAGAAGUGACGCGAAAACAUCACAAAGAGGGGCAGGAGUGGAACAGGGUGUUUGGAGGCUUUUCAAUGGUGUUUCAAAUUUACGCGAUUUUGCCUUGCAAUGUAACCCCCAUGUAAAUUGGGAGUUACCUGUACUUUCUCAUUUCAUCCCUUCUUUCACUCACUGUUUUCUACAAGGAAGCAUUUACAUGUAGGAAAUUCAUCUUGUGUGAAGUUAACAGUACUAAACGUGAUGCUCAUUAAGAAGUAGUGAUUGUUGAGGGGCUUGAUGGGGUCAAUUUUAUAAUUUUUCAAGAAGACGUAACUGACUUCCUUAGGUAGGUACAUCCUAUAAUAUCUAAUACUAAUGCAGCUGUCUGAGUUCUAAGCCAUUGUAAUCUCUUUCUAGGGUGCAGGCGGGGGGCGUUGAUGAGACGCAUAAGAAAUACAGUGUUUCAAUACGCUUAGGCCAGGUUCUGAUUCUGUCACAGAAUAAGAUUUUUGUACAGUACUAAAUCUCAGAAAGAUGCUGGGCCUCACUCGGUUUUGAUAGGAAAUGUAUUGGAAUAGCUCAGUCAGUAUAGCAUGAGACUCUUAAUCUCAGGGUUGUGGGUUUGAGCUCCACAUUGGGCGAAAGAUUCCUGCAUUGCAGGGGUUGGACUAAAUGACCCUCUGAGUGGCUGGAGAAACCCAGCCAGAUGGGCGGGGUAUAAAUAAUAAAUUAUUAUUAUUAUUAUAAUGGUCCCUUCCAACUCUACAAUUUUUUUAUGACUAUUAUUCUACUGGGUGCUUCACAACACCACCCUGAUUGUCCCAACUUUAAGCCUUGUACCAUAAAUGUUGGUCAUAACUUGCAAACAACCAUGAUUUGUAAUUUCCAAAUCCUGUGUCUCAUCCUGGAACAAGGAUACAAUACCAGGGACCUGUGCCAACAGACGGCAUUAACAGUAGCCACUGUUGCACUGAAGCUGAUUGAUAGCUGGCUACUAGAGACACAGCACUAACAAAGGUUCUAAGGAAUCCUUACUUAAAUUCAUACCCUUGCAUUCAGUAUGUGGGAAGGUUUUAUGGCCUGUGGGUGGGUUGUUGUUGUUAUUUAUAUACUGCCCUAUACCUGGAGAUCUCAUUCCUGUUAGGGAGAUGUUUUGUAUUGGGCGACAUUCUAGUACAGCAGAGGAUAAUGAAUGCAGCAUCCUGGGGUGUAUGUGGAAGGUCUUCUGUGGACUCAGCAAAGGUUUCAGGAAAGGAAUCCCAUAGGGAUAACCUGCAGUCCUUAUAUUCUGGGUCUUUCUUACUUAGGAAGUAAAAGGCAUUUUCCAUUUUUUAAAAAAAGGAAGAUUGCAGGCUGUCAAAAGCCAGUACAAUCAAAGUAAGCAAUGUGGGGCUAGAUGACCCAGUAAGGCCAGUUGGAUGCUUCAGUGAUGUGUGCUAGCCAGGUGCCAUGGUGUAGUACUAAGUCAUUCUUCUGAAGAGCAUACUGGGCCCUUGCAAGAUAGGUAGAGCACUGGUCUAAAUCCCAAAUGAUGCAUGUCAAUCACAGCUACAUAGAGCUAGUUCCUAUAGGAUCCUUCUUUAUAACUUUUUUCUCAUUUUCUGUUUAAGACAGGCAUCCCCAAACUUCGGCCCUCCAGAUGUUUUGGACUACAAUUCCCAUCUUCCCCGACCACUGGUCCUGUUAGCUAGGGAUCAUGGGAGUUGUAGGCCAAAACAUCUGGAGGGCCGCAGUUUGGGGAUGCCUGGUUUAAGAGAAAUAUUGCUGAUGCGAAAUAUCCACCUAUAAAUGCUCACUAUCAGGAGAGGUAUACAAUAGUUGGAAGUUUUCCUAAAACUGUUGCAACAGGGGAGUCAAAUGUACCACUUCUCUCUACAGCCGUACAAUCCUGCUUUGUAGGUGGAAUUUAACUUUAUACCCAUUCAUAAUAUUUGGUCCUAUAGAAAUUUAUGGGAGACUUAUGAACUGCUGGUACUGCAUCAGCUUUAGGUGUCACUUUAGAUGUCAUUGUAUCCUUUUUGGCUGCCAAGACAUGCUGUCUAAAAUCACAGGAGGGAAGCACUAAGUUCACUAGGCCUUGUUAGUUUCAUAACUAAAUUUCUGGGCUGCUGUGAAAGAAUUUUUGGCACCAACAGGUAUUUUCAAGCUGCCCGUUGACUCCUUGCAGUUUACUUCACCCCGGAACAGGGAGCUUUACUAUUAGCACAGUAUUAAAGGAGCAGCUGCAGAAUCACUCUGGAUUCGAUUAUGCUUUCAAAUAGCAAUUAGGCUCUACUUGUUGUUUUACUAUCAUCCUUCAGCCACAUUACACUUAGGAAACACACUGGUGCACCCUGAAGGCAUUGGAGAAUUUUGCCAACACCAGAGGCUUCCCAGAACAGCUCUUUUCUACCCAGGGGCAGAAAUAAUUGUUAAAUCUCUGCUAUCCCUUACUGUUGUAGUGCCACCUAUUGGUAAUAAUCAGUAUGACAAUUACUGGUAACUCGGUGAACACAUUCAUAGAAUCAUAAGAGUUGGAUGGAGUCUUGUAGGCCAUCUAGGCCAAUCCCUGCUCAGCAUCGGAAAUCCUGAGCUACACCAUCCAUAAGAUGAUUGCCCAGCCUUUGCCUGAAGACUUCCAAUGAGGAAGAGCCCAUCAACCUCAGCAACUGAUUUCACUGUCAUUAAAACGGCUUUUCUAACAUUCAGCUGCAAUAAGCCCCCCCCCCCCACUUAUUAGAUCUAGUCCUGUCCUCUGGGAUUGCAGGGAACAAUCUGUGUAACUGACCUUUGGGUAUUUGAAAAGUGCUAUCAUUAAAUAUGCCAGUUCUUUCAAGCCUUCUUCAUUAGACUGGCUUUCCACCCCACUAGCUAUCUUUGGUGUCUUCUUCUGAACCGGUUCCGAUUUGCCUAUGCAGCACCCAGAACUGCAGAAAGUACUUUAGAUGAGGUCUGACUAGGGCAGAAUAAAAUUGUAAUUAACAGAUGUGAUGCCAGCAAGAAAGAGCAAUGUUAUCUGCAGAUACCAGGUAUCUCGUGAAUUCUGCUUGAGC